UCGAGGUCAAAGAGGCUUGGUGCAGUUUAGCGGACAAAUCAUAGUUGAGUCCUUCACCCAUACAAGCUGUCAAGAACACGUGCUCGCUGGGUCUAUAUACAUGUAGUCUGUACAUCUAUAUAUCAGUGACUAGCAAAAUAACAACGAUGGAUAAAGUCCUGUUACUUCUCUGCCUUGGUGGAAUAUAUCCUCUUAUACUCGGGGAACAACUUGAUAUUUUGGCUUUUGAUUUUUACCGGAAGUUCGGCCAUUACGUUCAUCUUGGAGAAUGCGCAGAUGUGUCCAGACCUUCAGCCAGUGGAAAAUCUACAAAGACUGCGAAUUGCCACCUUAAGAAAGACGGCACAGAGAGUUUCCAGGCUAGCGAAAUCGUCCACGAGAGCGUGGUGGAGGUGAAAUCACCUAUAGAUCUCUUCUCUCACCUCGGUCUAUGUGACGGGAACUCUGUUUCUCGACUCGGACUACUCUACAACUCCGAGUGUGUCACGGUUGAUAUCGCCAAAUCGAUUGCCUUCGAUGAUGCUACCUACAAUCGAGCGCUUUUUGGCACUUACCGACGGGGGAUGGUGCUGCUCGGUUCCAGUUCAGUCCAAAAUGGCGGCGCUUCGGGUCAAGAGGGAGAACCAAACUUUUACCCAAAAUACAUCACAUACGGGUCAAAAGAGAUGAUCCUGGUCUCUCUGACUUACAAGACAGAGGCUGAUGCGAAAAGCUCAAAGAAAAUUGAGUUCAGUACAGACAAACUGUCGGAUCAGUUGGAGACAUUGUUGCAGUUUUCUUCUCAUAACCUGGAGACUAUCAAGAUAAUCCGCUUAUCGACAGCAGAUCGAGAGUACCGCAGCUGGAAUUUCCCCCAGGCCCUGGCCGCGGGUUCUGUAGAGAGGGUGAAGUCAGAGCAAAGUGAAAUGGAAGAGGUCAGACAGAGGGUACUGUCUAAGCUGGCCAUGGAUCCUUACUACAUGAACUAUGUCAUGUGGCCAUUUACAGGAGACGCCCCGGCCGCGAUGGAUCGAGCCUCUAAGAAGACGAUGUUAUGGAAAAAUGUCACCCUGUGCGAAAUACAACUGAAUCACGUAAUGAGGAUAGGAGAAAAAGUGAAGGAGGCGAAAUGUGUUGGCACAAUGCUAUCCUCGAAAUACUGUAGGCGAUUAUCACGCCGCAUGGCGAGACUUGAGCGCACUAUUGCCAAAAACGUUCACACGUCACGGGCUGCGUGGUACCAGAUGUCAACAGAAGAGAAGACAAAUCUGACAGAAAAGUGUCAGAAGAUGUGUGUGAUAAACGAACAUAAAAUGGACAGAGCUGUGAAUAAAGUUCUCUUCGGUAUGGGAGCCGACCCUGUUAUCGGCAGGUCAAGGUCAAUCCAAGGUCAAUGGCGCAGGAAAUGGUCACGGAGAAAGAACCGCAAGUUAAGAGGGAAAAAGAAAGACGGUCGAAGACAUAAGAGAAUAGACAGAAACCAGAAGAGACGCAAGCAGAGACGCCAACAGAGACGGAAAGUGAAGGAGUAAGGGGGCCUAGCUCUUAGGGAUGACAUAUACGUUAAAUCUGAAAACCUGGAGACUGAAAUUCUAAUUGCAAAAUUAAUGAAGCCUUUAAUUGUCUGGAAUCCAAAAAAUGUCCCAAAAUGUUUUGCGGAUCUUUACAGGGCCAACAUUCAAAACCAUAUAGGUUUAUUUCAAAUCAUAUGGAAAUGAGGUUUGGAUGCCAUGGUAUGGCGAAUUUCUUAUGAAGAGCUUUUUGUAGGUUAAAUAAAUAUCUUUAAGACUUUGUUGUAAGAUUUACCUUUGUUAAUUUUACUGGUAGUAUAACUGAUAAUAGGGUUGUUUUGGAAAUCUGUCCUCUCUGUAUAACUUUCUAAUUUUAAUUAGAUGUUGGUAUGCAACAUGUUCUAGGUAUGGUUAACUUGAGGCAUGAUCAAAUGCUAUUAAGUUAACUAUAAGUUUCUUGUUGAAUAUUUGCUAUAUCGAACCAUUUUUAUUACCUUCAUUAUGUUGAACUUUUUUUAUAUUAAAAGACUUUCCAAAGAAAUGCUUCAUCUGAUAACCUCGUACAACUUACAAUGUGAGAUGAACACAGUUGAUAGACACGCAAACUGGACUUGUCUGAAGGAAAAACUUUCAGUUGCAUGUGUGUCGAGUGUCAUCAGAAAUUUCCUUUGAUGCUUAAACGCUUAAUUUCAUACUUUACCCAUUAAGUGUGAACAUUUGCCAUGCUCUGGUUUUACUCUCCAUGCUGCAGUCUUCUAUAUUCUUAAUUUUGUACAGCAUUCACCCAGUGAUGUGAGUUCAAGUCCAGUUCAUGCUGGCUUCUCCGGUCAUACAUGUGUGGAAGUUCUGCUAGCAAAACUGUCUAUGGUCGUACGGCGUAAAACACCACUCAGAUAAAUAUAUAAAUACAAUUUAACUGCUUGUGCCUCCUUCACGUCAACAGAAAUUGCCUGGGAAGUAAAAUUCCAAUAUUCAAUCAAAAGGAAAAAAAAUCCUUGACAAAGUUUUGACUUUUCCACACGGAGUCCUGUUUUAGGGCAAAAGUUAUAGAAAUUUGUGAAGUAAUGAAUUACGGUAUCAAUGCUCCAAUACAGAAUAAAUCUAGUAACCAUAUAAUUAUAUUAUUUAAUACCACACAAAACUUUUGACAAGUUUUGACAGGAAAGAUAUGCAGAUUUUCACUCUAAGCUUGG